CGGUCUGAAUGGACCCCAAAUACGCUCAACAAUCUGAUCUGUCCCAUAGAGAAAUUCGGUACGAUUUCAAUCACAGUUUCUGAAGUAGCAAUAAAUGACAGCUCACUUGGCGUGAGUGAUUGCUUUUUCUCUGCUGGUAAUGACAUAUCCACUUCUUGGUUGUUGACUAUCAAGAGAUAUGUUGCUAUCUAGAUUUAGCAGGGCAAAUAUCAACCUUCGUAAACCUACGAUACAGACGAGGUCUCUGCGUAAUACAUACUUUAAAUCUGGAAAUCGCGGCUGGCAGGGUUUUUAUAGAAGAGGUGUAGACCCAAACAAUCUCUUCCUUGGUAUAAUUGGCGCAAACGUCGCUGUAUAUGGUGUAUUUGUAUUCAGCGAUGCUCAAUGGAAACGCUUCAACGAUCCAAAAUGGAUGAGAUUCAUGCUCAAGAACUUCACAGCCAGUUGGUACAACAUAUCUUCAGGUCGCAUAUGGACACUAGUGACUUCUUCUUUUCUACACACUCGUUUAGAUUCAUUAAUAUUCAAUAUGCUCACAUUCUACUUCAUGGCUCCUCAAGCAAUAGCGAUGCUCGGUGCACGUACAUUCCUCAUGCUCUAUUGCGGUGGCGGUCUUGCUGCAUCUGCAGUCACAUUGUCUAAUCCAUCAAAUGGUGCUUCAGGAGCUGUAGGAAGCACACUCGGAUUUUUUGCAGCAUCAUUCCCAAAUGCUACAUUCAGCCUCUACUUCCUCCUCCCAGUGCAAGCUUGGAUGGCUGUCGGCGGAUUAGUCGCUUGGGAUGCCUACAACAGCUUCAAUUCCCCCUACUCAGCUAAUGCACAUAAGUCGAGACUUUCUGGAACAGUUGCUGGUGUUGCAUUCGCAAUGCUCAGGAUGAGAGGUAUCGGACCACGCAUCCCAUGGAGAUAGACUCUAUGGAUAACAAAGCGCUCAAAUUAAGUAAAAUU